AUGACAAAAGUAGUCACGCAUACUGAUCCUUCGACUGUCUUACUUUAUUUAUGGAGAAACGUUGGUUGUGUGGUAAUUGGAAGAAAUCAGAAUCCAUGGAAAGAAUGUAAUGUUCGCCUUUUACGGAAUGACAAUAUUCCUAUUAUACGAAGAAAAAGUGGUGGUGGUACAGUCUUUCAUGAUCUUGGAAAUACAAACUACACCGUGAUAACUCCUCGUCGAAAUUUUACUCGUAAACAUUCGGCUGAAUUAGUGGCACUUGCUCUUAGAAAAAGACUUAAUAUUCCUGCACAUAAUUUGGUUUCAAAAGGUGUUGAAUCAGUUUCAUCACCUGUAACAAAACUUCGAAACUACUCUUUAACCGUAAAUCACAAAUCAUUUUGUGAUGCGGUAUUACAAGAAUUUUUUGCUCACUAUCGUGGAGACAUGAAUAAUGUAACUAAUAGUUAUAUGCAGCCGAUAAUCAUUGAAGAAUUAUUACCAAACAAUCCUAAAAUUUUAGAUUAUCGUGAUGAAUUAAAGUCUUGGGACUGGACAUUCGGUCAAACUCCUGAAUUUUCUCUUGAACUUGAAAAAACUUUUCCUUGGGGUCAUGUGAAAGCUUUCAUAAAAUCUAAAAAUGGGUUCAUAUCUGCGAUAACUUUAUCUCCAUCAACAAUAAAGUAUGAAAAUUUGAUUAGUACUUUAGAAGAUUCGUUAGAAGGCACAAAAUACGAUCCUACCUCAGUAUCUCAAUCACUUUCAACAUUAACGUUAUCAGACAUUCAAUUGAUGCCCAUAUUGAAUGAUCUUCAAAACUGGAUACAGAAUUCUCUCUAA